CUGUCGUCAUCAAGCUGCGACUCGAGUCGGUGGAGAGUCGGUCAGGAGACGAGCGGAGCUGGCGGGUGUCGAGCAGCCUGUGAACGGCACAAAUCUGGUCUCUGUGGAUGUGUUCCCCCGGUGGUAAUGGUCGGAGGUCACCACGCGUUUCCCAGUCAAGGACCGGAGUCACAGGACGGACGGACACCGGCGUCAGUUUCACGGAGCGGCUCACGUUAGCUCUACUUUAUGUUUUCAGCUGCUAGCCCGUUAGCAUUACCCGAACUGGGCUCGCAGAGGCUAGUUAGCAGAGGUUGCUAACACUGUAGCUUGGUUGCAACCCGGUGCGAGCGCUCGCCGCUGCAGGGAGGGAACCGAGAGACGAGGCAGGAGUGUGUUGUAUCCCACCGGAGCCCCCCAGUGUUAGCCCCAUUUAGCUCAAUACAGGUUUGGAUACACGACCCAGAGGAGCCCUCGCCUGGGGGAGGCCCGCCACCCCGGUCCUGCUUCACAUCUCCAAGACUCCCACCUUUCACUGCCACUGGUUCAGUCGGUGGCUCGACGACACUUCAAAGGGGAAGGUCUGCGGCACUGCAGAUAACAAACUGCACCCCCAAGCAUCGGAAAGCUUUUCCAGAGCCCCCACGCGGUCCCGUGGGUGACAGAGAAAAUCAACCCAUAGAGUAGGACCUGGAGUGGAGAAGACCAAUUGUGGCUUGAACAAAAGGCAGACAGAGAGAACUAAUGCCAAGCCCUUCUCCUCCUCAGACAGCCUAGCGAAGGUCCAGGAGGUAGCAAGCUGGCUUUUGGAAAUGAACCAGGAUCUGCUGUCGGGGGGCAGCAGCAGCAGGCGGAGUCGGGGGCCGGGGGGUCCGGCAGUGCGAGGUAACGCCUCCUCCACAGCCCGGGCGCCCCAGCAGGCGGCAGAGGAGGGCGAUGAAGAUGAGCACAUGAACCGGGUAGUAGAGGGGGAAGAUCAGCUGCAGCAGAGGCCUGAUGCAUCACAGGUUGACGGUGGAAGAGAACAACCAUGGGUGCCCAGCGAAUCAGGAGCCAGCAACGGCCCUCGCGGAGAAGAGGAAGGGGAAGAUGGCGAGGAUGGCCCGCCAAACGAAGUAAACGGUAGGGAGAAAGGUGCCCGAUGGAUGUGGGAGUCGGAGCAGAGGCGGCUGCGAGGUCAACCGCUUGGUGAAGAGGACGAGGAGGAGGAGGAAGAGGAGGAGAACAACAACAGCGGUAGCCACCAGGAGGAGGAGGAGGAGAGGACAGAGGGAGGGGAGCAGCAGCAGCAGGGAGGGGAGGAAGAGGAGAGGGAAGAGGGCGAGGAGGAAGAGGAGGAGGAUGAGGACGAGGAAGAGAUGGACCAAGACAGUGAUGACUUUGAACAUUCUGCAGAGAGCGGGAGAGAAGAGGAGGAGGAGGAGGAAGGAGAAGGGGAGGAAGGGCUGAGGUCGCCCUCUCUCAGGAACAAUGUGUCUGCCCCCAAUAACAACCUGGACUCUGGUUGUACACACCAAAGCUCUUCCAACAAGAAGAUGAAAAGGAAGUUGGACCAUGGCCCCGAGGUCCGAUCUUUCCCUUCAGGAAAAAAGCCCUGCAAAGGCCCAGAGUAUCCAAGCCCGACGGGAAUUGUUCCAUGUCCAGCCACACCCACCACAUUUGGCCACAUAAGAACAGCCAAUAGUCAGGGGCAACAAAGACGGCGUAUCACCUCAAUCCAGCCACCUACGGGUCUCCAAGAAUGGCUCCGAACAUUUCAGAGCUGGACUGGCCCAGAGAAGCUGCUGGCGCUGGAUGAGUUGAUUGACAGCUGUGAGCCCACACAAGUCAAGCAUAUGAUGCAGGUGAUCGAGCCGCAGUUUCAGCGAGACUUUAUCUCCCUGCUGCCCAAAGAGCUGGCUUUGUACGUCCUGUCAUUCCUGGAACCGAAGGACCUCCUCCAGGCGGCCCAGACGUGUCGCUACUGGCGCAUCCUGGCAGAAGACAACCUGCUGUGGAGGGAGAAAUGCAGGGAGGAAGGCAUCGAUGAGCCUCUGCCCCUCAAGAAGAGGAAAAUCGUCAAGCCUGGCUUUACUCACAGCCCCUGGAAGAGUGCCUACAUCAGGCAGCACAGAAUAGACACUAACUGGAGGAGAGGCGACCUCAAAUCACCCAAGGUGCUGAAAGGUCACGAUGACCACGUGAUCACCUGCCUCCAGUUCUGUGGCAACCGCAUCGUCAGCGGCUCCGACGACAACACGCUGAAAGUCUGGUCGGCUAUCACAGGAAAGUGUCUGCGGACGUUGGUGGGCCACACAGGGGGCGUGUGGUCAUCCCAGAUGCGAGACAACAUUAUUAUCAGCGGCUCCACUGAUCGCACACUCAAGGUCUGGAACGCAGAGACAGGAGAAUGUAUCCACACCCUCUAUGGGCAUACCUCAACAGUGCGCUGCAUGCACCUACAUGAGAAAAGGGUGGUCAGUGGCUCUCGUGAUGCCACACUGCGCGUCUGGGACAUCGAGACGGGUCAGUGUUUACACGUCCUCAUGGGCCACGUGGCGGCGGUGCGCUGCGUCCAGUACGAUGGCCGACGGGUGGUCAGCGGUGCCUACGACUUCAUGGUUAAAGUGUGGGACCCCGAGACGGAGACCUGCCUCCACACGCUGCAGGGCCACACCAACAGAGUGUAUUCAUUACAGUUUGAUGGGAUCCACGUGGUGAGCGGCUCGUUGGACACAUCUAUAAGGGUCUGGGAUGUGGAGACGGGCAACUGCAUCCACACGCUCACAGGGCAUCAGUCCCUCACCAGCGGCAUGGAGCUCAAAGACAACAUCCUGGUCUCAGGCAACGCAGACUCCACUGUCAAGAUUUGGGACAUCAAGACGGGCCAGUGCCUACAAACACUGCAAGGUCCACACAAGCACCAGAGCGCUGUGACGUGUCUCCAGUUCAACAAGAACUUUGUCAUCACCAGCUCAGACGACGGCACAGUUAAACUGUGGGACCUGAAGACGGGCGAGUUCAUCCGGAACCUGGUGACGCUGGAGAGCGGCGGCAGCGGCGGUGUUGUGUGGCGCAUCCGGGCCUCCAACACCAAGCUGGUGUGCGCGGUCGGCAGCCGCAACGGCACAGAGGAGACCAAGCUGCUGGUGCUGGACUUUGACGUGGACAUGAAGUGAGAGGGGACGUGGUGGGGAAGGACGAAGAGAGCAAACCGCAGAGAGGAACGAAUAGAGUUGAGGCGCCUGGAGACCAGAGGGCCCGAAGCCAAGAACUCUUCACCCAAACAAAUUCUACAACCACCACCACCAACAGUGGGCUGUCCAGUCCUCCACCAUUAUCUUCCCCGUCCCCCUCCUGGGUCAACGUUACUUAACAAAGCCACAGACCCUCACAUGUGUUUAGCCCCUGCUUUUGACCCCUAGCACCACAAUGAGGUGGAGACGUAGGGGAUUGGGCUGGAAAAGGGGCAGAGGGUGGGGCAUGAUCAGUCUGUCCCUCGAUUAGCCUGGAGAAAGAAGAGAAGACGAAGAAGAAGAAAGGAACGACUGAUGACGACUGAACUUCUUUGAAGUGACUCUCCGCCCUUUCGGUCCGGGGUCAGCUUCGCACAGAGACUUGGUUUAGCUUCAAGCCUGACAGAUUUUGAGAUGUACAGAGAUAUAUUAUUUUUUAAAGCCCCACCCGCACAUACACCCCUUCCCCGCCAUCAGUAUGCUCCCUCAAAAACACACACACACACACACACACACACACACACACACACACACACACACACACACACACACACACACACACACACACUCUCAAACCGGAAAGUAAAAAGCUUGAGGAAGGUGGGGGAUGUUUUAAAGGUGAAUUUCCACAGUUACACGUAAAGAGCUGCUCAAUGUUAACGAGAGGAUUCAGAGUUUUUGUUGUUUCUUCUCACUCCGUUUCCGUUCUUAUCGUUUUUUCCACUCGGUUUCUGUAGUUUGGUUAUUUUAACAAUAUCGCACACAAUCACAACUGUGAAUCUCAGUACCUUUUUGGUUUAUCACAUGAAAGGGGGUUUCUGUAUUGUAGUGGGUUUUUUUUUUUUUCCUCUUUCCUUGCCGUUGCCAACAGCAACAAAUCCCAGUAUUAGAAACCUUCUUGGUUUAGGUUUGCUGUCGUUUUGUCACAAGUUUUUUUUGGGGGGGGGAGUUUGUUUGAGUUGUUUGUUCUUCCUUUCUGUUUUCUACAUACCUGGGUUUGGAGCUCCGUCUCCACAUCAACAUCAGUGCUGUCCAGAAUGUUUCAGUCUAGCUGGGGUGGGUUCCUCGAAGGCAGCGCUGUGACAAGAAGUAAACGUUUCUCUGCUCGCAGCGCUGCGGCUUAAUGCCCCUGACACCCCCUCCCCUUGGCCCCUUCCCCUCUACUGUUCUCCCCAGUGGCCAAACUGUAUUUAUGCUGCUAGAUGAAUGGGAAAAAAGAGAGAGAUGGAACUCUUACUUGCUGUGACGUUUUAGUCCCAGGCGAAAUUCCAAAACGAACUCUGUGUGUUUGGACUUAAAGAGAAGAUGACAAAAGAUGAACAUCCAACAUUUUUGUUUUUGUUUGUUUUUGCCACUGAAACUUGAGCCAAACGUGCCUCUACGAGGCUGAGAGGAGGGAGCGUGUCCGACAGAUACUGACGGGAUCGCCUGCAGAGAGGAAACAAGCAGAUGUACACUGUUGGCGUGCGUGUGUCUGUGUGUGCGGCGUGUGCAUGAGUACGUGUGUUAAGCGUGUUAAUGGGCAACUUGUAAACACAUUCCUUGGGACAAAGCUCUUUCAGCCUGUUCUUUGGGGAAAUGUACAAAUGCUGUGUGGACUGGCAACGAAAAAAAAAACUAGCAGACGUAUCAACUUUACCACAUGAAUGAAAGAACUGUCCGUUUCCAUGUGCGAUUGCUGUUCCACUCAAAGAUGUCCGAAGCAACAGAGGAGACCAUCACAAGCAUCAGCUGACGGGCGGAGCCGCCGGGAGUCGUAGUGUUACACGUGUCGCAGUUCAAAUCACCGCGGCCGCAGCCUCGUGGUUCGUCAGCGGGAAAAAUAAAAACACAAAAAGGCAACAAACGUGAACUGAAGCAUUGUAGCCAAACGAAAAAUCGUCUCAAUCUCUAAAGAGUCACAACUCGAGCUGAACUGUGAAAGUGGUAUAACACUGUAUAUUAAAAAAGAAAAAAGAAAACAAU